AUGACACCGGGGGGAGGCGGCUCGCUGCAGAGGCCCUGGGCCGGCCAAACGGUUGCCGCCACCGGCGCACGGGGGCUGCCGGCGCCGCCAGUCGCCGGGGUCGCAGCGCGAGGCUGGCCGCGAGCUUCAGCCGCCUGGCAGCCCCGCAACCCGCGACGCACUCCGCCGCAGAGUGCGGCCGGCACAGGGCCAGAGGCUGCGCCACGUAAUGGCCACGUGGCUGUGGGCGACGCUGGCGGUGGCAGCUGCGGCGGCGUCUACGUCAUCGUCCACACUGCUGGGGGAACACGUGUGUCAAAGGAAGGAGACCCAUGUCAUCGGCCCGCUGCCGACAGUACACCAGAGCUCCCUGCCCGCAGGUACAACGUGACGAUGAAGGUGCGCUCCAAGGAGCCGGUCACCCUGAGGACGUACCAGUGGUGCAUGAAGGUGCCGCCGCGCUGCUCCAAGUACCACACCGAGCUGAGGGAGGUCGACAGGACGCAGGUGGUGUCUCGCGACCGGCUGGUGGAGGAGUGCUGCGCGGGCUUCCAGAAGGACCAGGACCGCUGCGUUCCAGUGGCCGACGACCCCAGCCAGGCAGCACGUGAGUACACGCCAGUUCCGGAGUGGAUCACAACCACCGACACGGAAACAAGCCCGCCCCCUUUCUCCGCCGCCGCCGAGGUGUCGGCCCAGCAGAAGGGCGCCCCUCCCGCGGCCGCCUUCCCCAAGAAGGACACCAGGCUCGCCAAGAAGGGCGCGCCCGACAAGACCGCGUUUUUCUUACCUCUCCUCACCUCACCCUCGCGCCUCGUGCAGGGUCUGGACAAGGAGAAGCCGCUGCCACUGGACGCCCUCGCCGGCGAGAGCCGUCCAGCCACGGAGUCCCCAGAGACGCAGACGUCGCCGCCGCCGUCGCCGCCCCCGCUGCCCCCGGAGCUGGACCUGCCGCCUCUGCUGGACAUGCCGCCGGUCCCCGCCAUGUCCGACCACAACCAGUCGCUGACCGCGGGCUCCGAGCCUCCGGGUCCGGGUCGUAGCGGGAGGCGACGGAUACCCCCGGAGAACGGCCACCCACUGCUGCACUCGGACCUGCCGGCCAUCCACUGGACGGAGAGGGCAGAGCCGGGGGCCGCGGCUCACGACGAGGGAGACGACGAGGGGGCGGACCACGAGGUGCUGACGUCGACGCCGCACGCGGAGCUGCCGCCCGAGAGCAUCAGCAAGGACGCCAUCAGCAAGGGCGCGCCCAGGAAGAAGGCGAGCGACGUGAAGGAGGUGCCCGCCUACGCUCGCAAGACGGCGACUCCACCGCCGGCUGCGGGGGCGGAGUGGGCGGCCGCCGGGGGGCCCGAGGAGGGCAGCUGGGAGCCGUGGGGGCGGCAGGCCGUCCCCAAGGAGCUGCAGGGGGGCGGAGAGCCCGUCGCCAUAGAGCAUCACGUGCUCAACGGCCGCAGGAAGGCAGCGCACGCCAAGCGCGGCCGGGGGGAGGACCUGAAGAGCCUGCCCCCAGGGAAGGACCCCGGCGUGGGUCUGCUGGUGAUGGCCGACCCGCCGCCGCUGCCCGUGGAGGCGCCACCGGCGCAGCCCGCGCCCGACCCCGAGACCACCAUGCCCACAUGGCUGCCCGUCGCAAUCGGAGGCUCAAGUAAAGAAGGAAUAAAAGUCAGUGGAUAA